AUGGCUGACAUAAUAUUAAAAUUAAGUCGUAGUCUUAUUAAAGUCGAUACAAAUAAAGAUUUUUUAUCAGAUCAAAUUCAUUAUCAAAUAACACUUACUGUUUUAAUUAUAUCAGCCAUAGCUUCAACAAGUCUUCAAUAUUAUGCUGAUCCAAUUCAUUGUAUUCAACCAGCUCAAUUCACUGACGGUUAUACAUCAUUCGCUCGUACUUUAUGUUGGUUAAAUAAUACAUAUUUCUAUCCACAAACUUAUACAAGAAUACCAAUGAAUAAAAAUGAACGUUUACAGCAUACACUUCGUUAUUAUCAAUGGUUACCAUUUGUCUAUUUGAUUCAAGCUUUUUUCUUCUUAUUACCACAUUUAAUUUGGAUUAGUUUUUAUAAACGAAAUGGUUUAAAUCCAGGAUUGAUGGUUAAUCAAGGAAAAAAAUUCAAUGAUAAACCUGAAAUAUAUCAUCGAAUUGCAAAAGAAAUUGAACGUUAUUUAAUGUGUAGACAAUUAGCACAGUGUAAAAAAAAAUUAUUAUUGCGUCAUAAUGUUAAUGAAAAUUAUGACAAUUCUUCUUCGCCACUUCUUCUACCAAAUAUUUCAUUUCGUAUUCGAUAUCAUACCUAUUAUCUUGUAACGCUUUAUCUUCUCGUUAAAUUUAUUUAUAUUAUUAAUAUUAUUCUACAAGUAUUUAUAUUAAAUAUUAUUUUAUCGACAGGAAACUAUCGAUUUUUUCGUUUCGGUUUUGAUACUUUGACAUAUGUAUUUCGUUCAUCAUUACGCGAACGUAUAGGUGAAUUGUCACAUCAACAUCAACAAUUAUUUCCAUUUGUUACUUUAUGUGAUUUUCACAUACGAGAAUUAGGUCAAGAUCAUUACUAUACCAUUGAAUGUAUAUUAUUAAUAAAUAUAUUCUAUGAAAAGAUUUAUUUUGCUAUGUGGAUUUGGUUUGUUAUACUUUUUCUAAUAUCAAUUAUUUCAUUGAUUUAUUCGUUUUAUAUUUAUGUUCCAUUUUUUGCUCGUUACCGUUUUAUUAAUAAAUUUAUUCGUUGUAUUAAGAGUAAAAAGCAACAAACAUUUUCACCUUAUACACCAAUAUCACCGACUUCAACAAAUAUUACAACAACAGAUGCUGAACCACAAAACAAUAUUUUAAAUGAUGUCAGUCGUCAGAAAGGUUUUGUUCAAUGGUUACAACGUGAUGGAGUUUUUCUUCUUCAUUUACUUAAUACACAUGCAGGUGAACGAUUAACUAUAAAAUGUGUUGAAGAUUUAUUAGCAAUUUGGAUUAAUAAUUAUGAGGAGAAAUCAAAGCUUGCUGAUCGAUUACUUAAAAACGAAUUUCAGUUUUCACAAUAA